AUGCAACCCAAGGGAACAAUUUUACAAGCUGUUACUUUGAGAAGUGGGAGGCAGUUGGAAGCAAGGGAAAAAGAGAUCCGAAGUGCUCCCAAUGAUGGGGUAACCGUCCAGGAAGACCCUAAUUUGGAUGAACAUGCAAGUAAGGACAACGGGAGGAAACUUGUUGAAGACUGCCCUAAUCCUAAUAUUUCAAGGGGGCACGAAUACAAGACAGUGAUACCGUACCCCUCAAGACUCAAACAAGAUAAGGAUGAGGCCCAAUUCAAGAAAUUCAUCAAUAUUUUCAAACAACUUCACAUAAAUAUUCGAAUCAUUGAGGCACUAGCUCAAAUGCCAAAGUAUGCCCAGUUUUUGAAGGAGCUACUCACUCAUAAGAGAAAGUUAGAGGAUCAGGGCACAGUUGCACUUACUAGGAACUGCUCGGCUAUUCUAGAGAAAAAGCUGCCACAAAAGUUAAAGGAUCCGAGUAGUUUUGUAAUUCCUUGUGUACUUGGUGAAGGAAUGACAGAGCAUGCUCUAGCCAAUUCUGGGUCUAGCAUAAAUGUAAUGCCAUACAACUUGUUCUUAAAACUGGGAUUAGAAAACCUAAGGCCUACAAGAAUGACAUUGCAGCUUGCAGAUAGAUCAGUGCGAAGGCCUCGAGCGGUAGUUGAAGAUGUCCUUGUUAGAGUUGACAAACUCAUCAUUCCUGUAGAUUUCAUGAUUCUAGAUGUGGAUGAUGAUGUUGAGGUUCCCCUGAUCCUUGGACACCCAUUCCUUAACACUUCAGGUGCUCUAAUUGAUGUUAAAGAGGGCAAGAUGACCUUAAGGGUCAGAGACGAGCAAGUGGUCUUCACCCUCCCUGAAGCAAUGAAGCAUACACAUAAUCAUGAUAAUCAAACUGUACUUCACAGAUACUACUGA